UAUCGUGGAACCCGUUGUAUUAAAAAGGGGGGAAAUUAAUCGCCGGAAAAACUCAGUUUCACUCACUGAAAUAGCUUUCUGAUUUCACGAGUUGAUCGGAAAAGAUGAAGGAGAACAACAGCAAUGAUGGAUUUGUAAGGGCAGAUCAGAUUGAUCUGAAGAGUUUAGAUGAACAGCUUGAGAGGCAUCUAAACAGAGCAUGGACAAUGGAAAAGAACAAGAAAAAGCAACCGGAGUUUGAAGAUUCCGCCACCGCUGCCUCCGCUGCUUCCGCCGUCAUGCCACCGUCUAAGGGUACUGCAACUAGUAAGAAGGAAAGGCAGGAGUGGGAGAUCGACCCUUCUAAGCUCUUAAUCAAAGGUAUCCUUGCUCGUGGGACUUUCGGCACUGUCCACCGUGGCGUCUACGACGGCAUCGACGUCGCCGUGAAAUUGCUGGACUGGGGGGAAGAGGGCCACAGGACGGAAGCCGAAAUACAAUCUUUAAGGGCAGCAUUUACACAAGAAGUGGCGGUUUGGCAUAAGCUUGAUCAUCCUAAUGUCACAAAGUUCAUAGGUGCGACAAUGGGUUCUUCAGAGCUAAGUGUACAAACGGAAAACGGUCAAAUUGGAAUGCCAAGUAACAUCUGUUGUGUCGUCGUGGAAUAUCUUCCUGGCGGUGCCUUAAAGAAUUACCUUAUAAAGAACAGAAGAAAGAAGCUCGCUUUCAAAGUUGUCGUUCAAAUGGCACUUGAUCUUUCAAGAGGAUUAAGCUACCUGCACUCUCAAAAGAUCGUACACAGAGACGUGAAAACUGAAAAUAUGCUGUUGGACAAAAGUAGAACGAUUAAGAUCGCUGAUUUUGGUGUUGCUCGUGUUGAAGCCUCAAACCCUAAUGACAUGACGGGGGAAACAGGGACUCUCGGCUAUAUGGCCCCUGAGGUUCUCAAUGGUAACCCGUACAAUAGGAAGUGCGACGUCUACAGUUUCGGAAUUUGUUUGUGGGAAAUAUAUUGUUGCGAUAUGCCGUACCCCGACCUUAGUUUCUCAGAAGUGACUUCAGCUGUUGUUCGUCAGAAUCUGAGACCGGAAAUCCCAAGAUGUUGCCCGAGCUCUCUUGCUAAUGUGAUGAAGCGAUGUUGGGAUGCAAAUCCCGACAAACGGCCGGAGAUGGAUGAAGUGGUGACGUUGUUGGAGGCCAUCGACACAUCGAAAGGCGGGGGAAUGAUCCCGGGGGAUCAACCUCAGGGUUGUCUCUGUUUCCGUAAGCAUCGAGGCCCGUGAAACUCGAAGAAUUCGAUCCGUUUUUGAAAAAUGAAUAGUAGAAAAUUUGGGAAUUCCUAAAACUGGGAAUGAUAUUUAGAUGAUGUUCCUGUGCUACAUAUUGCUUUCUUUGGAUCAUGUAAAGUUUUUAUUUUUUAUUU